AUGGGUCUCCUGCAUGCAGCCUCUGUGCUCCUGGCACUUGCAUCCACAACGCUGUCUUUCCCAACUUCGGGCAGCCAGGAUGUUCAGAAGAACUCUGUCGUUGUCGAGAGCCUCACGGCCCCUCCACGGGGAUGGGUGAAGAAUGAGACGCAGCAGGUGGACAAGGAGGCUGCGCAGAUCCGGCUUCGCAUACAUCUUGUCCACCAGGACAUGGACAAGUUCCACGAACUUGCUAUGAACAUCGCAACACCAGGACACCACCAGUAUGGCUCUCACAUGUCACAGAAGGCCAUCGACGCCAUCAUCGCCCCGAGGGAUGAAUCUGGAAACAUGGUCAUGGCCUGGCUCGAGAGUGCCGGCCUUGGUGGAAAUGCCACAUACUCCGCCCGUGGGGACUCCAUCGUCGUCGACGCCAGCAUCGCCCAGGUUGAGAAGCUGCUGGACGCAGAGUACAGCGCCUACCGCUGCACGGCGACUAGCGAGGUCGUGCUCCGGACUCUGGAAUUCAGCCUCCCCAGUGCUCUCAAGAGCCACGUCGACAUGGUCCAGCCGACGACCUUCUUCGGCUUCCGCUCUUACAAGUCCAACAUCUCGGGUGUCCGCCCGCUGAAUGAGGCGACCGCAAACACCCACAUUGACGCGGCCAACGCAGUCACGGGCUGCUCGUCCAACACCAACCCCACCUGCCUGGCCAACCUCUACAGCUUUAAGUCGGCCAAGAAUUACAGCACAGGCCUCUUGGGAAUCGCUGGCUUCCUCGAGGAGUACGCCAUAGCCUCCGACCUCAAGACCUUCCUGUCCAAGUACGCAGUGGAAGGAAACUCCGCCCAGUCAUUCAACUGCGUCAAGGUCAACGGCGGCUCCUGCCCGACAUCAGCAUCACAAGCAGGCACCGAGGCCAACCUGGAUAUACAAUAUGCCCGCGGCAUCGCCGAGUCCAUCCCCAUCAACUACUACAGCACGGCCGGGCGCGGCCAGUGGGUCGGCUCCGGGACCAACACCAACGAGCCGUACCUCGAGUUCCUCGAGUACCUGCUGGGCCUCAGCGACUCGGCCCUCCCCAACACGAUUUCCAUCUCGUACGGCGACGACGAGCAGACGGUGCCCGACGCCUACGCCACCAACGCGUGCAACCUCUUCUCCCAGCUCGGCGCGCGCGGCGUCUCGGUCCUCGUCGCGAGCGGCGACAGCGGCGUCGGCGGCUCGGGUGAGUGCACCAACGACGGGGUCAAGCAGUUCGCCACGUCCUUCCCUGCGUCGUGCCCGUGGGUGACCACCGUGGGCGGCACGACGGGGACGGGGCCCGAGGCAGCCUGGUCCUCGUCGGGCGGGGGCUUCUCCUACCUCUUCCCGCAGCCGAGCUACCAGGCCGCCGCCGUCAAGUCGUGGGUCGCCUCGGGCACGGCGAGCUCCGUGUCGCAGUACUUCAACGCCUCCGGGCGCGCCUACCCGGACGUCGCGGCCCAGGCGACCGACUUCGUCAUCGUCGUGGGCGGGUCCUCGAGCCUUGUCGACGGCACGAGCUGCGCCUCGCCCACCUUUGCGUCCGUCAUCCAGCUCGUCAACAGCGACCGCGUCGCCAGCGGCAAGGCCGGGCUGGGUUUCCUGAACCCCUGGUUAUAUGCCAAUGCGUCUUCCGCCCUGACUGAUAUCAAGACGGGGAGCAUCUCCGGCUGUUCUGGUCAGAUCUCCGGAGCUGGUUUCAAGGCCGUGUCCGGGUGGGACCCAACUACGGGCCUGGGAACGCCUAUAUUCACCUCUCUGCUUGCUCUGUCGAAUUCGACUUAG